GAAGCCCAGACAGUCUACAACUGGUCGUUCGUUCGUAAGGUAUGCAUCUAAAAUUUGUGCUGCUAUUGGGCUGCCUUAGCCUGGCUAAAACCAGUGAACAGGUGCGCUAUGACAACUACAAGCUGUACACAGUCCAAAUCAAUGAUGUCAAAGACCAGCAACUGCUCAGUGACAAUGAGAAAGUUCUGCAGCUAGAUACAUGGCACGACGCACGUCAACCGGGCGAGUUCUCGGACAUUAUGUUGCCGCCGCAGUACCAGGAGGCGUUCGAGGCUCUGCUCAACAGCCACAACUUGAAUUACAGCAUCAAGAUCGAUAACGUGCAGCGCUUGUUCGAUGAACAGCGUCCAAGACAACGACUGAGCUCGAUGGAGUGGACACAGUAUCACACCCUGGACGAGAUCUACGCCUGGCUAGAUCUGAUUGAAGCGCGCUAUCCUCACGUAGUCACACCCUUCAAUAUUGGUGACUCCUAUGAGGGUCGUCCGAUACGUGGCAUCAAGAUCUCCUACAAGCCGGGCAACAGCGCCGUCUUCAUCGAGUCCAAUAUUCACGCUCGUGAGUGGAUCACCUCGGCUACCAUCACGUACUUCAUUGAUGAGCUGCUCGUGCCGCGGAAUCCGGCUGUAAGAGAUAUAGCACAGAAUGUGGACUGGUACAUUAUACCUGUGCUAAAUGUGGACGGCUUUGUGUAUUCGCAUGAUGUGGAACGUCUUUGGCGCAAAUCGCGUUUGCCUUCCGAUCCUACAAACAAAUGCAUAGGAACCGAUUUGAAUCGCAACUUUGACUAUCGCUGGAUGCAGAUCGGUGCUUCUGCUGACCCUUGCGAGCAAACUUAUGCCGGUCCCUAUGCGGAGUCCGAUCCGGAAAUUAGUCAACUGACGAGUUACAUUAACAACUCCAUACCCGCGGGUAUCAUUAAGAUCUACAUUUCCCUGCACUCCUAUGGCCAGUAUGUGCUCUCACCUUGGGGUCACACUGCAGAGGAGUUUCCCGAGCACUAUCCACAGAUGAUGGCUGUGGCUAAGGGAUUUGCUGAUGGUAUAAUCAGGCGUAAUGGCACGGUGUUUACUUAUGGCUCCAGUGCAACGACUCUAUAUGAAGUGUCUGGUUCGGGCAAGGAGUGGGCUUAUGCUGUGAAGAACAUAAUCAUACCGUAUACCAUAGAGAUGCCCGAUAAAGGCAAACUCGGGUUUGUCUUGCCUCCCGAGGAUAUCAUACCUGUGGCACGUGAACUCACGGAGGGAUUUGUGGGCAUGAUACAGGCUGCUCGACAAAUCGAUAUACUGUGAAAAUAAACAAUUAAAAUACUUAAGUUUAUUUUAC